UCCUCCGCGAGUGCUCUCGUACACGGAUGACUCCGUUCUUUAGAGCAGUCAGUGCGCUGCAAGCGCUCCGGUCACGCGCGUCCACCUUACAGCUUUACGAGCCGAACGCGCCAGGUGAGCGGCGGACAUUCUCCGCGGAACUCCCGUGACAAGUGCAGAAAAACGUUCCCGCGACGCGAGUGAUCGUCGAGCCAGGACUACCGAACAAUCGUCGAGUGUCCUCGUCGACUCGGUUCAUUCGUCGGCUGAAAUCCGAAGUUCUUCGGGAAACGUCUCUAAGUUUGUGAUCGAAGAUUAAAGGUCGAAGGAAAUAGGGUACAUCGUUUCGCGAUAGACGUUAGACGCGAUCGGGGUGAUUCGCUUCGGAGUUUCCGAGUCAGCGCGAUUCGUCGCGGCUAAAACGAGAGAUCGGUGCGCGGCCAGGUGAGUCGCGGCGGGCCAAGUGCAGUUCGACGCAGUUGCGUCCGCGAGCGGAGCCGCUCGUCCGGCUCCAGGUGCCAAUAAAAGCGACGGGAAGACGGAUGGACGCUCGAACGCGCGUAGCAUGAUCGAGGACCGCCAGCGAGCCGGGCACACGUCGCCGGCGACGCGGACUUUCACGGCCGGGACGAUCUAGACGGGGACCGAAAGAAGAGGACCACGGGUUUUUCGAGAGUUCAAAGUGCGACGCUUCGAAGUAUUUCUGUCGGCGAAGUGCCCCGGGGUGCCGGAGCGAGGUCCCGCGGGGAUUACCGCGGAUCCACGACGCGUCGCAGAUGUACACGCCGCGAGGGGGUCCCGUGGAGAUUGGACAAAUUGAAACCGAUGCUGCGCCGCUCGACGGUGGCCCGGGGAAGAACCUCGGAUCCAGCUAGCGGUUCGGAGCGGCGGUAAAGUUCGUCAUGGCAGCGGGGCCUUCGGCGCUCGGCUCUCGUGAAAAGGUAGUGGCAGUCAGUCGAUUUAUCUGAGGCGAAUCCGUGGGAAGAUUCUUCUCUACAGCGAAAACUUGCGGACACCGAUCGAACGACCUGUCGAAGCUGACUGGCGACAACCCUCGGUCAGGCGCAAUGUCGCUGCAGAAAACGAAAAGCUACUGAGGCCGGUAACGAGCACUUCGAUAGGACGAAGCAAACAUUGUGCCCGUUGGAUCGGUUGCGCCCGGCUGAGGGAUAAACGAGCGAAGAGUCGAGAGAUUCCGAUCGAAGAUGGUAACGUGAGGUCGGAUCGGGGUGUCGUCGGAUGCUGAUGACGAGGCGGCCGCAGAGACGCGGAGGAAAGUAGCCGGGAACGAUGGAAACGAGCUACGAAGCGUUCACGGGCACCGGUUACAACGAUGGCGGGCAGUUCUCGACGAGCCUGCCGAUCGACGCCGACUCGGAGGCGCCGCUCGAGUGCAGGCAGGAGAAUCUGACCGGGCUGUUCGAUUUCAUCAUCUGCGGCGUGCUGAUCAACGUGAUCGGCCUCUUCGGGAUAUUCGGGAACGCGAUCUCGAUGAUCAUUCUGUCGAGGCCGCAGAUGAAGUCGUCGAUCAACUACCUGCUGAUCGGACUGGCCAGAUGCGACACUAUACUGAUCGUCAUCUCGGUGCUGAUCUACGGGCUGCCCGCGAUCUACGCGUACACCGGUCUGCUGUUCGACUACAAGUUCAUCGUGUACCCGAAGAUCGUCCGGUUCCUGUACCCGUUGUCGUGCAUGGCGCAGAUAGCGACGGUGUACCUGACGCUGACGGUAACCCUGGAGAGAUACAUCGCGGUCUGCCAUCCCCUGAAAGCGAGGUCCUUCUGCACGUACGGCCGAGCGCAGCUGGCUGUGCUGGUCAUCGUGAUCUUCUCCUUCGUUUAUAACCUACCGAAAUUCUGGGAGAUCGACUUCUUCACGGAGGUCCACUGGAAGUACAACGUGACGGUCUACUGCCUGUACCCGGCGGACCUCAGGAGCAACGACCUCUACGUCACACUCUACGUACACUGGAUGUACUUCUUCAUAUACUACCUGUUCCCGUUCCUCGCCCUGGUGGUCUUCAACGCGGCCAUUUACCAGCGGGUGAGAAAAGCGAACAAGGAGCUGCAGCAGCUGUCGAGACACCAGCGGCGCGAGAUCGGUCUGGCGACGAUGCUGCUCUGCGUGGUGAUCGUGUUCCUAAUCUGCAACAUCCUGCCGCUCGCCUCGAACAUCCACGAGACGUUCUUCACGGACCCGCCGCUCUGGCUGGUGCAGACCGGCAACCUCCUCGUCACGAUCAACAGCAGCAUCAACUUCAUCAUCUACGUGAUAUUCGGCCGGAAGUUCAAGAGGAUAUUCCUCAAGCUGUUCUGCAGCUCGAAGCUGUUCGGGCCCGGACGGGACAGCCCGGAGUUCCAAACGUACGACGAGUCGAUCGUCACCAACAUGACCAACAUCGAGCUGAGGAACUCGAUCAGGCACUAUCAUCUGAACAGAUCCAGUACCAUCAGCAGGAACAACAACGUGUCGAACGGCAGCACGCGGCAGAGCUUGAAAACGUCGGGCAGACCGGGCAGUCCGGGACCGUGCGUCUAUUAUCCGGCGAGAAGUCCCGUUAGAAGUCCCAGCCAGAUGUCCAGGACGUCUAGUAACCAGAAUGGCUGGAGCAAGAAGGACGUGGACUCGGUCCUGUAGCGAAUCUGACUCCGAGUGCUUCGGGAACUGCAGUGUGACGUUGAACGAGUGGAAGUCUAUUAAAGGGGUAGCUAAUACCUACGAGCUUCAGGAGAAAUAAUCGACUUUUGUGAAUCUUUGUUGUAAUAUCAGGCUACCAGGGUGUAGAAGUUGUAGCUUAUUUUGUUAUUGGUGAUGUAUGAUAGGUUUUUGUAGUUUGAUGUUUAUAUUGUUAAUCAAUUCCUCGGUAUUGCUUGGCAAACGUGUCUUAACCCUUUGAAUUCUGUAGGCUCCAAUAUCGCAGUUAUCAGAUAUUUUAACGAGUCAAAGAAACUACCCUAAAAUCAUUAGAUUUUCCACACAUCCAAACUUUCUGCUGAGAAAGAAAAUGAAAGAUGGAAGGAAUAUUAUAGCAUUUUUCAUUUUCACUAGAGAUACCAUAGAAAUUAGUUGCAGCUGCUGAUAAAUUACAAAACCAUUUGGAAUUCAAAGGGUUAAUAGUUUCAAAUGAUUGGAGCAUUCUAAAGUAAUUGACAUUUUGAGUUCAUCGUUUCUUUACCGAGGUCAUUGUGAAACAAAAGGAAUUCUGAAAUAUUCUGAACAAUGUUCCAUCAAUCUUUAAUAGAAAUUAUUUUCUUAGAGAAUUAAGGCUACAAAAAAUUAUUAUGUAUCACCAAAAACUAACUAAGCUACAAAGAGACUCCGAACGUUACUAUAACCGUCAUUACAAGAAAAAUUCACCGAGAUUGUUCUUCUGACGUUCGUCAACUACCCCUUUAAAACGAUCAUCCGAGUCUACACGGAUUCUCGCGAGUCUAGCGAAUGUUCUCGACCGAUUAGCUUCCAGAAAAUCGGUGCGGGAUCCAUGAUCCACGGUAGCGUACUCUGCAACGCUUCGACCGGAGAGCCGAUCGUUCCGGAGACGUCGGUAACGUAGCGGCGACGUUCGAAGGAAACGUACGAGUGAGCCUAGAAUCAAAACUCGAUUAAAAUUCUCUCUUGAUUUACUGUUCGUGUCUCCGCACUUUCUCCUAUUGUCGGCGUGAACGGAACACUGGACCGUAGAUCGCUUGUGUGAAUGUACUCGGACGGACUGCGGGGAGAAAAAAACUGUGCGCGCAAUUCGCCGCCACCCCGAUGUCAUUCGACGAUCAGUCGGACUCGCGAAACACGAUGCAUUUCUCGACGUGCAACGUGUGACUGCUUCAUCGUGUGUAUAUAUUGUAUACAAAAGCAUUUCAGCGUCAUAAAUAGAGGAACGUGUCUUCGCGCUAAUGCGUAAGGUCGUCAUUCGUGAACCAUGUCGGUAUAAACUUUGUGAUAACGUUUCGUUCACGAGAAAUGGGAUAUACAUUUUCUUUUUUUUUAUACGAUUCACCGGAGAACAGACGAAUGAUUACCUUACGCAAAUAGAAAUCGAAUGCAAGAAGGAGAAUUGAGGACGCGAGAAAUUAUACUGUAAGAAAAAGCGUUUCCGGUAUUACAGUGCACUACGUUUUAGCGAAUUGUACAUUCAACUGGUCGAUUAUACAUGUUAUUUUGAUAUAUUCGCGCGGCACGCUUCGCUUCUGGAAGAGAGAAGUUGGAUGAGAAAAAGAGGAUACGAGUAAAUGUAGAUUUUCCGUUAUUCUUGCUGACUUUUAUAGGUAUCGAAUUUAUAGCUUUGUCUUGGAAGAGAUACAAACGUGAAUGGAGUAUUAAAGUCUGGCGCUUUUUAUGAUGUAGGGGAAAUAAAAGUGGACGUGAAAGUUUGAGUGAAUUUACAAUCGGAUCAUUUUCUCGCUUAGAAAGUACACAAGGAAAUUAUCGGUGCAAACGUCUUCAAUGUGUUUGCCUGUGUCUCGAGGGAAAUAUUAAGGUGCGAGAAACUUCUGUUCAUCGUGUCGCAUUAUUAUUGUUAAUGUAUUCUGAUAUUUUAAGGUGUAUCACACGGAAGAAGGAAAUGAUUUAUUUUUGUUACGAUACGUUAAUCUGCACUAAUAAAUAAAGACGUAAUACAUUUCA